UUCAGUGGAGCAUAAGCUUGAUAUUAGGUAGUUAUACAGCUUAUCGAUAAGACCAUGUACGUCAGUUUAUCUAGACCGUCGAAGAGUCGCAACACUCCAUUAACUCUACUAGCUUAAUUCCAUGGCCAUGUGAAUGAUUCAUGCUCAAGCUCAGGGGUAUAUCCGGGUUCAUUUAGGGGCCAUUUAUGUAUGAAUCUCUCCCCUUAAUACUUCUUACACAAUGAGUCACCAACGCUACCCAUCGAUAGAUCCCAAGGAACCUCAUUCCGUCUCCUUGAAGGUCCUCAGACUAUCUAGGCCAUCCCUCGUAGUCCAACAUCCUCUACCAACACCUAUCUCCCUACCUGCAUCAGCCCAGCAGGAACCUCCGAUCCCCGCCUCCCUCGCCUACAGCACAAACGGCGAUACGAAUCCAGACCCAUUCCUCCUCGCGCCGAUCUUACAGUUACCACCAUCUUUCGGCUCCGCAUACGUCGGCGAGACAUUCAGCUGCACGCUCUGCGCCAACCACGAUGUCCCGCUCCCAGGCGAACUCCCCGCAGCCGCGGCACCACCACCCGGACCCAACUUAGCCCCCAUGAGCCCACUGAACCCGCCCAAGCGCAAAUUCACCCGCGACGUGCGCAUCGAGGCCGAGAUGAAAACGCCCGGGUCCAGCGCCGCGCUGAAAUUGCCUCUGCUAGGUGCCGACGGCGUCGUCGUCGACAGUAACGCCGACGCCGAGGACGGCAAGGGUCAUAGUCAUAGUCAUGGUAAUAAAGGCACAGAUCUCGAGCCCGGCGACACGCUCCAGCGCAUCGUCAACUUCGACCUCAAGGAAGAGGGGAACCACGUGCUCGCCGUGACGGUGAGUUACUACGAAGCGACGGAAACCUCGGGGCGCACGCGCACCUUCCGCAAGCUGUACCAGUUCAUAUGUAAGGGGUCGCUGAUCGUGCGCACCAAAGUCGGGGCGUUGGUGGCGCCGCCGCCGCCGCCGUCGCAGUCGGAUGUGCAGGAGAAGAAGAAGAAGAAGAAGAAGGGGCGGGAUAGGAGGAAAUGGGUGAUGGAGGCGCAGCUUGAGAACUGCAGCGAGGACGUCAUGCAGCUGUCCCGCGUGGGCUUGGACUUGGAGCCCGGGCUACGGUACCAGGAUUGUAAUUGGGACGUUGCGGGUAGUGGGGGAGGGAAGCCGGUGCUGCAUCCGGGGGAGGUCGAGCAGUGCUGCUUUGUGGUGGUGGAGGAGGAGCCGGGGCCGGACGGGACGAAGUUGGAGGUUGAUGAGGAUGGGAGGAUAGUGUUUGGGGUGUUGGGGAUAAGCUGGCGGAGCGAGAUGGGGAAUAAGGGGUUCUUGUCUACGGGGAAGUUGGGCACGAGGAUUGUCAAGUGAGCGGGUUGGCUGGCUGGCUGGCUGGUCGAUGAAGUAACGAUGGCGACGGGAUAUGUGAACGGACUUGCUGCAAGUGUAGCCUCUGGUGGUCACGGCGAAGAGGGACUACGAUAUUUGGCCGCAACGACCCGUGGGCUAUAGUAUUCGUAUCACUACAUAUAUAGGACACGACUAGUUAUCAGGGCGACGUCUACGCGGUUUACGAAGUAUGAAACUUGUGGGUUGAACUACAUCGGGAUCACGACAUAUUUGUGGCAGGACAAUGCAGGAUAAGCGUGUCAUCGCCAUUCUACCA